UGCAGAGGUUGUCUGGAGAGAGCUGAGAUCUCCCACCACAGACCCAUCAAAGGGUGUGCAGUUUAGGGACAGGAAGAAACAAGGAGUUUUGGCUCUGGGAUUUUCCUAUGUUCUUGCAGAACCCAGGAUUUGCAGGGACCGUUUCGGAGACUUCAAGGACGCGGGGCACAUUGCAAAUCCGGAUCCGGGGGCUAUGUCUUAAUUGAAACAGAUGAUGGCGACGAGAAUGUGGUUCACCUUGGUUGCAGUGAUCCAGGCUGUCCUCACAUCUUCCUCAGAGGCUCAAACACAGAAAGUAAUUUGCAAAAAUGUCUUUGCUGCUGAUAUUGUCUACCUCGUCGAUGGCUCCUCGAGCAUUGGAAGAGUCAACUUUGAAGAAGUCAAAGAUUUUAUUGAAGCAACCAUUCAACCGUUUGUAGAUGUAAUUAGUCAAAGUGCGGUCAGAGUUGGCCUGGUACAGUACAGUGAUGACCCAAGGAUUGAAUUCUCUUUUGAGGACCACAGCAACGGAUCCCAAAUACUGACUGCCAUCCGCAAUUUGCGUUAUAAAGGUGGGAACACAAGAACGGGGGCGGGACUGAAAUACGUAGCAGACAACUUCUUUGGAUCUGCUAAGCUGAGGCGUGCUGUGCCCAAGAUUGCUAUCUUGAUAACAGAUGGAAAAUCACAGGAUAACGUUGAUCGACCAGCCUUGAAACUACGGAGCCAAGAUGUUAAAUUGUUUGCAGUUGGGAUAAAGAAUGCCGAUAAGAAGGAACUUGAUGACAUCACCUCAACACCUGCGAAGGAAUAUUCCUUCUUUGUGAAUGACUUUAAGAUCCUCCGGACUCUCACUCCACUCAUUUCAAGGAGGGUUUGUUCCAUAACCGGGGGAACCCUGGAUGCACCAGAGGUUACUCAAGUGCCUAAUGGCCCCUCAAAUCUGAUCUUCAGCGACGAAGGCUUUGAAUCAAUGCGAAUUCGAUGGACUGCAGCACAUGGGCCUGUGACAGGAUACAAAGUUCAGUACACCCCCUUCAGUAUUCUGGGCCUCCCAAUCUCUGCGGAGCUCCGAGAGAUUACUGUCCGUCCAGGUGAAAACUCUGCUCUUUUACAAGGACUGAAACCUGCAACUGAAUAUCUGGUCACAGUGAUAGCUCAGUAUGCAAACAGUAUUGGGGAAUCCACUGCAGGCAAGGGCAGGACAAAAACCCUACCUGGAGUUUCCAAUUUCCGAGUGGCCAAACCUGGACACUUCCGACUGAAACUGGCGUGGAAACCUCCCGCUCUUCCUCUGCAAGGAUACCGGCUGACCUACAAGACGAGAGGUGACACAGACACACAACUGGAGGAGAAGACCCUGAGGUCGAAUGCCAACUCCUUCAUCCUUGAAGAGUUACUGCCAGACACAGAGUACGACAUUACCAUUCAUCCCAUCUACCCAAGGAAUACAGCAGCACCGACCUCAAUCUCUGGCAGGACUUUGCCUCUGGAAUCGGUGCAACAACUGACCGUUCACAACGUGACUCCGCAGAGCGUGCGGGUGUCAUGGAGGAGAGUGAGUGGCAUUUCAGGCUAUCAACUGAAGUGGGGACCAUCCGCAGGAAGGGAUGUCCUGACAGUCAGUCUGGAGCCAUCUACUGAAUCAUACCAUAUCCAAGGUCUUUUGCCAAACACCGAUUAUACAAUAACAAUAGCCGCUUUAUAUGGAAGAAUGGAGGGGCCUCCUGCAAAUACCAGGGUGAAAACAGAUGUGGCAGGAGGCCUGGUCUUAAGGACAGUUGCGAUUAGUCCGACUGCUAUUCGUGUGACCUGGAACCUCCAACAUGAUGCCAGCAGCUACAGGAUUGAGUGGAGGAAGGCUGCAGAGGAACAGAUGCAAUCUCGCAAAACUGUGCUAUCUGCCACCACCAACAACUAUGACAUUAUCAACCUCUCUCCUGGUACUGAAUAUGCCAUCACACUCUACACGCUGUAUAAUGGCAGGGAAGUCGCAACACCAGCCACCAUGUCAAAGACAGGAUAUGAGGUAACCAGAAUUGUGUCACAUGACACAACAAUAUUUGACAUUGACCGAGUGCAACAAGGGGGAACCUAUUACAUUAACGUGUCGCCACUUUCUGGAGGCAGAGAAGGAAAUCCUGUCAGCAUUGUGGUUCAAGCAGCCAUUAAUAAAAUGACUACUACGUCUGAGGAUGUCUGA